UCCGUGCGCUGGACUAAUCAAAGAAGUGUCCUUCCAUUAAAACCAACCUUUGGGAGCACCACGGCGCACUCGGCAGAAACAUGACCAACCGGCUUCUCUUUCUCUCCUCGCUGGUCGUUCUGGUAGCCUGGCCCGCCCGGGCACAGACGGGCACCUGUCCCGUGGUAUCCAGCAUCUCUGUGCAGCCCGGCUUUGAUUAUGACAGCUUUGCCAAUGAGUCCCGCUGGAAUGUGGUGUUGUAUAAUAAAAUUAUCCCCAUCGAGGGUCUGGACAUGCAGGUGGUGAAGUCUGACGUGUCCCUCAUGUUCUCGAGGGACGCGGACAACAACAAGACUGUUACUCUGGCCGGUCGAGUCCGUUUAGCGAGUUCGUUUGCGUUCUGUCUCAAACUCCAGGGGAGCGUGGAGGAUUCCGCCGAGAUCCCGGCCAAGCUCCGACAGUCGUUCUACAAUCCCCUCACUAACCAGUUCCUGGACUUCAACUUUUGGAUCCUUCACACAGACUACACGAACUUGGCUGUGGUGUACGCCUGUGAGAAAAUAAUGGCGGCGGACGGAACCUGUGACCCCGGGAGCAGUUAUAUGUGGACUCUGUCCAGGGGUACGUCUCACACAGCGGCAGAGAGGGAGAGGAUCCAGGAAAUAUUCCAGUCGGUGUGUCUGGAUAUGACCAGUCUAAGACAGAUCGAACACAGCGACGUGUGUCCGAUGACGUAAUGACUAAAUCCAAGAACUGGAGACGAGGAAUAGUAUUCGGAACGGGACAUCCGUUCCUCCUCCGUGUGUGUGUGUAUACAUGUAUGUAUAUGUAUGUGAACAUUGCGUUGUCUCAUUAAUAUACAUUGUAUUUAUUUUUUGAAAACGGAGAAAAAAAAUGGGCAACCCUUUCUUCUGAAAAAUGCAUUGCUGCAAUUGUUAUAACUGUGGAUAGGACGUAUGGAUGUAUAUAAGCAUAUAAUUUAUGUAUUAUGCAUGGGGCCACUGUGACGUCUUGAAUCAAAUCAUACAAAGAAUGAAUUUAUUAACCAAUUGCCCGAUUUUUAAAGAAUUUGUUUGACAAAUUACUGAUUAUUUGCCAAAUAAAGAAUUUACACAAAUGCGAAAUUAAUUUAAAAAUCUCAGUUUUUAUAUGAUAAUAACAGACGAACAAAAGCUGCACAUGAUCAUAAAACCGCAAUACAAAAACAUCUUCCUCUUCCGUUUAAAAUUGUCUUUGAAUUAAUGAAUGUUUCAAGUUCCCAAUAAAGAUUUUAACAAGAC